AUGGUAUAUCUCAAACAUACAUUUUCACAACUAAUACUUAUAAUAUUUAUAACAUUUUCAACAUUUGUUAAAAGUGAUUUUCAAAUAUAUAAAGCAAAUAAAUUUGAAUCAAAUUUCCCAGUACAAGCAUGUCAAGGAUUAAUUGGAAAAACAGCAAAUUUUUUUACAAAUGUUACUGCUGAAUCAAAAAUAGGAUAUUGUAAAAUUAAAAAUCAACCUGCUUUAGGUACAAUGGCUCAAUGUAUUGAAUUAUUAGAUCAGAAGAAAAACAAAAAUAGUAGAAAAUUUUUUUUAAAAAGUUGUAAAAAAUUUAAUUUAACUGAAGAUCAAUAUUUACAAGCUUUCCAUAAUGCUACUGAAUUUGGUUUUGUUAAUGUCACGGAAGAUAAAUCUUUUAAUAAGACAAAACCAUAUUAUAAACCAGUAUUAAUACCACAAAAAAAGAUAUUAGCAGCUUAUGAUUCAGUUACAACAAGAUGGUAUAAUUAUAAUUAUGCUCAUUGGUUUGGUAUGUCUUUGAUGUUAUAUUGGAUCGGUAUAGUUUUAAUUGCAAGUAUCAUAAAUUUAAUUUAUUUUAUUUCACCAAAUUUUAUAAAAUCAUUAAAAGGUUCAUUUAUAAAUAGGUUUAGAUCAUAUAUUACAUUACCUGCAUUAUUUAAAAAGACUCAUGCUCAUCAUAAAACUUUAAUAAAUCAUAUUCAUAUAUUAUUUCCAACAAGAUUAGAAACUUUAAUAAUGUUUGGUUGGAUUGUUAUGGCUAUUGUAUUUUGUUGUUCAAAUUAUCAUCAUGUUUCUCCAAAUUCAAUAUGGCCUCAAAAAUGGAAUGAAAUGGGUAGAAAAAUUGCUGAUAGAACUGGUAUUAUUGUUAUUUGGCAAAUGCCUUUAUUAAUUUUAUUUGCUGGUAGAAAUAAUUUUAUGCAAUGGAUUACUGGUUUCCCUUAUUCAAGAUUUAUUUUCUUUCAUAAAUGGAUUGGUAGAGUAGUGUUUUUAAUUAGUAUUGUUCAUGGAGUUGGUAUGACUUAUAAUGGUAGAGGUAUUGGAAAAUAUAAUUUAAGAUUUUUACAAGCUUAUGUAAGAUGGGGUACAGUUGCAUUAGUGUGUUUUGGUUUAAUGAAUUUUCAAGCUUUAAUGAUUUUUAGAAGAACAAAUUAUGAAUUAUUUUUAUUAUUUCAUAUCAUUUUAGCUGUUUUUGCAAUUGCUGGAUUAUGGAUUCAUACUGGAGAUCAAAAUUUAGAUCAAUGGAUGUAUUGUGCUUCUGCAAUUUGGGUAUUUGAUAGAGUUGUUAGAAUUUCAAGAUUAAUAAUAUUUGGAAUUCAUACUGCUCAAGUUCAAUUAAUUGCAAAUGAAACUAUUAAAGUUUCAGUAAAAAGACCAAAAUAUUGGAAACCAUUCCCAGGUUGUCAUGCUUUUAUACAUUUUUUAAGACCAACAUGUUUUUGGCAAUCUCAUCCUUUUACAAUUAUUGAUUCAAUUGAAAAUGAAAAUACUAUAACAUUUUAUUUAAAAGUUAAAGGUGGUAUGACUCAUGGAUUAUAUGGUUAUUUACAAAAACAACCAGAUCAAAAAGCUUCUAUAAAAGUUACAAUUGAAGGUCCUUAUGGUAAUCCAAUACCAAUAAAUAAAUUUGAAAAUUCAAUUUUUAUUGCAGGUGGUAAUGGUAUACCAGGAAUUUAUUAUGAAGCAAUUGAUAUUAUUAAACAUUCAAAUGAUUUAGAUAAAAAAACAAUAAAAUUAUAUUGGGUUAUAAGACAUUAUGCUUCCUUAGAAUGGUUUUAUCAGGAAUUAAUUAAAUUACAACAAUAUUCAAAUAAUAAUAAUUCAAUUGAAAUUAUAAUAUAUGUUACUCAACCACAUUUAGGAUUGACUGAACCAAUAACAACUGAUUUUACAGAUGAUGAAUUAGAACAAGAAGAAGAACAAGAAAAAAAACUGGAUUCUGAUAUAUCAAAUGAAAAAAAUAAUAAUUAUAUCCUUCAAGUAAAAAAACAAUUGAAUAAUAUUGAAUUUAGAGAAGAUAAACCAAAUUUUUAUGAAAUUGUUUCUGAAGAAAUUAAAGAAACAAAUGGUCCUUUAGGUAUUGCUACUUGUGCUCAUGGUUCAAUGGUUGAUGAUAUUAGAAAAUCAAUAGUUGAUCAUUUAAAUGAUUCUCCUUAUAGAAUUGAAUUAUUUGAACAAAUGCAAACUGGUAAUUUAUCUGGGCUUUUAGCAGCUUUGAAAAAAAUACAUAUUAGAUAA